AUGGAAGAGACAACGUCGAAGAAAGGCGCCAAAAAGGCUGAAGCCAAGGCCAAGAAGGAGGCCGAGAAGGCACGCAAGGCUGCUGAGCGCGAAGCUGCUGCUGCUUCAUCUUCCACUGGAGCUGCUGCUGAGGACCUUGCGAAAGAUAAUUAUGGCGAUAUCAAAACUGCGAAUCAAUCCUCCACCGUCGAGUAUGUGCCACUUCGAGAGCUGGGCGAGAAACAUAUCGGGCAAACGAUCGAGCUUCGUGCGUGGAUUCAGAACUCGAGAAUGCAGGGAGCGAAGAUGGCGUUCGUCGAGUUGAGGGAGGAGGGCAGCUGGGCUAUACAGGGUGUUGUUGCGGCGUCUGCGGAGGGAACACCGGUCAGCAGGCAGAUGGUGAAGUGGAUUGGUGGAGUCAAAUUGGAGAGUUUUGUGCAGGUGGAGGCAACCGUGCAGAAGCCUCUGGAACCAGUUAAGAGUUGUAAGGUCAGCGACUACGAGCUGCAUAUCACGAAGCUGUAUUUGGUGGCACCUGCUCCAGAGAUGCUGAACUUAGGACUCGCAACUGCCAACAGAGUUGUGGGUAGUCUUGCUGAGCAGGACGAGACCGCUGAUCCGAAUGUUGAAGCAGGUCUGAACAUUUCUGAAGGUGCACCAGUUGCCAGUCUGGCAACACAUCUCAACAACCCGGCAAUGCACAAACGCGCCGCAGUCAGCCAAGCAAUUGCUGAUAUCCGCAUUUCUGUCGAAGAUUUGUUCGGCGAAUACCUCAGAGAACGUCGAUUCAAGAAGUUCCAUCCCCCGUGCCUGAUUGGGGCAGCGUCUGAGGGAGGAUCGAAUGUCUUCAAGCUACCAUACUUUGAUUCGGAGGCAUACUUGGCUCAGUCUCCUCAGUUCUACAAGCAAUUUGAGAUUGCUGGUGGUCGCAAGAGAGUUUACUGCGUGGGGCCAGUUUUCCGUGCCGAAAACUCGAAUACUCCAAGACAUAUGACUGAAUUCAUUGGUCUCGAUCUGGAAAUGGAAAUCCAAAAACACUACCACGAAGUACUGCACAUGCUCGAGGGUGUCCUUCUUUACAUCUUCCGAGGCCUCACUGUAAGAUGCCGCGAAGAAAUUGAUCUCGUCCGCUCUGUCUACCCAUCCGAAGAAUUCCUUCUCCCAGAACCAGGAAAAGAAAUUCGCCUCACAUUCGCCGAAGGUCAAGCUCUACUGCGCUCUGAAGGCCCACCUGAAUACGCCGAAGUCAAAGACGACGAAGACAUGUCAACGCCCCAAGAAAAGGCCCUCGGUGCAUUGAUCAAGAAGAAGUACAACACCGACUUCUACGUCCUCGACAAAUUCCCCGUCGAUGCGAGACCGUUCUACGCCAUGCCAGACCCUGAAAAUCCCAAACUCACUAAUGCCUACGAUUUCUUCAUGCGUGGGCAGGAGAUCCUAUCUGGUGGACAGCGGUUGCACCUUCCUGCUGAACUCGAGGCGCACAUUCGCUUCAAGGGAUUGGACCCGCAGCAACCUGGUAUCAAGGAGUAUGUGGAUGUGUUCAAGAGUGUGGGUGUUCCGCCGCACGGUGGUGGUGGCAUCGGGUUGGACAGAGUGGUGGCGUUUUAUCUGAACUUGCCUACGGUUCAUCUGGUUUCCGACUAUGUCCGGACACCGAAGAGGUUGUCUCCUUAG